AUGUUUUCUUUCUUAAUAUUCUCUCUUCUCUUUGACUGUUUCAAUUUGUUUGCUACCAAAAUAUGUUUUCCUUCUCCUUCUCUUUCUGUCUCUCUCUCUCCUUCUCUUUGUCUCUCUCUCUCCUUCUCUUUCUGUCUCUCUCUCUCCUUCUCUUUCUGUCUCUCUCUCUCCUUCUCUUUCUGCCUCUCUUUCUCUUCUUCCCUUCUCUCUCUCCCCUUCUCUCUCUCUCCUUGGUUCUCUCUCUCUCUCUCUCCAGUUCUCUCUCUCUCUCCCCUUCUCUUUUCUUCUCUCCCCAGUCCUUUCUCUCUCUUCUCCCCUUCAAAUCUCUCUCUUAUUCUCUGUCUCUCUCUCCCUCCUCUGUCUCUUUCCCCUCCUCUGUACUCUCUCCCCUUCUCUUUCUCUUUCUUCCCUUCUCUUUCUGUCUUUCCCUUCUCUUUUGAAACUUCUCAUAUUCUAAUUUUCUCUCUUUUCUCCCCUUCUCUUUCUCUCUGUCUCUCUUUCUCUCUGUUCCCCUUUCUCUUUUUCUCUCUUCUCUCUUUCUCCCCUUUCUUUUCUCUCUGUCUCUCUUUUCUUUCUUUCUCUCUGUCUCUUUUCUGUCUCCCUUUCUCUUUCUCUCUUCUCUCUCCUCCCCUUCUCUUCUUUUUCUUUAAUUCUUUACUUUCUUCUUUUUUUUUCUUUCUUUUUUUUUCCUUUUCCUUCUCAUUUUCUUUCUUUCUUUCUUUGACUUUUUCAUAA